AAGGAGAGCGGAGAAGAGGAGGAGGAAGAGGAAGAUGAGGAGGAGGGGAAGGAGGAGGUGGGCUUCAAGAGGAGCAGCAGCUCCUCCUCUCUCCCACCUGCUCAGCUGGAUCCGGACCAGUCCCGGUCUCAGCCCCACUGGUUCCACACCCUGCAGACCCGCCGGCUGCGGGUCUAUCGCGGCCGCAGCAACAGCGACCCUCUGGGAGGCGCCGACGACGAGCAGGCCUUCACCUGGAAGGCGGGUCUGCAGUUCGGAGCGGCUCAGUCGUACCUGAGCCUGGAGAAGCUGGGAGAAGGAGCCUUCGCCUCCGUCUACAAAGGCAUCAGCAGGAUCAACGGCCAGCUGGUGGCGCUCAAGGUGAUCCGGAUGAAGACGGAGGAGGGCGUCCCGUUCACCGCCAUCAGAGAGGCGUCUCUGCUCAAACGGCUGAAGCACGCCAACAUCGUCCUCCUCCACGACAUCGUCCACACCAGAGAGACGCUCACCCUGGUCUUUGAGUACGUGCAGACAGAUCUGGCUCAGUACCUGGCCCAGCAUCCCGGAGGUCUGCGCUCGCACAACGUGCGGCUCUUCAUGUUCCAGCUGCUCAGAGGUCUUUGCUACAUCCACAGCCGGAGAAUCCUCCACAGAGACCUGAAGCCCCAAAACCUGCUCAUCUCCUACCUGGGGGAGCUCAAACUGGCAGACUUCGGUCUGGCGCGGUCCAAAUCCAUCCCCAGCCAGAGCUUCUCCUCAGAGGUGGUGACUCUGUGGUACCGACCUCCUGACGUCCUGCUGGGCUCCACCGAUUACUCCACCGCUCUGGACAUCUGGGGUGCCGGCUGUGUGUUAGUGGAGAUGCUGCAGGGGGCGCCGGCAUUCCCGGGAGUCUCCGACGAGUUUGAGCAGCUGCAGAAGAUCUGGGCGGUCCUGGGCGUUCCCUCUGAGAGAAGCUGGCCAGGCGUCAGUCUGCUGCCAAACUACAGAAUCGAGUGGUUCCUUCCUUCUGAACCGAAGUCUUUCAGGACAGUUUGGAAAAGACUGGCCCAGCUGCCCUGUAAGACCGAGGACCUGGUCCAGAGGAUGCUGAAGCUGGUUCCAGCGGACCGGAUCUCGGCUGAGGAGUCCCUGCAGCACCCGUACUUCAGCACGCUUCCCCUUCCCAUCAUGCACCUCAGAGACAAUGUUUCCAUCUUCAAGGUUCCCGGUGUUCGCCUGGAGACGGAGGUCAAAGACAUCUUCACCCCCGCACGCCGCGUCAAACCCUCGCUGCUCGACGCCAUGAAACGCAGCUAACGCAUGGACGAAU